CGUGUCCCGCCCGCCGCCGCUCGUGCUGCUGCUGCUGCUGCUGCAGCGCCGCCCUCCCCCUCCCGCGCCUCCUCCGCACAAGAUGGCGGCCGGUGGGAGCGGCGGGGGCCCCGGGGGCCUCUCCUCCUCCGGCCCGCCGCCGCCGCCGGGCAACGGGGCCGCGGCCGCCGCCUGCCCCAACGGCCCCGCCGGCGCCCCCGCCUCCCCGCCGGGCCUCACCUACAACCAGUGCGGGGCCGGCAACCCCGCGGCGGCGGCGGCGGCCGGGGGUCCGGGCUCCGGGGGCUCGGCGCCGGCGCUGGGCGGGGCGGGCGGCCCCCUGCAGCGGGAGCCCGUGUACAACUGGCAGGCCACCAAGCCCACCGUGCAGGAGCGCUUCGCCUUCCUCUUCAACAACGAGGUGCUCAGCGACGUGCACUUCCUGGUGGGCAAGGGCCGCGGCUCGCAGCGCAUCCCGGCCCACAGGUUUGUGUUGGCUGUGGGCAGUGCGGUCUUCGAUGCAAUGUUUAAUGGUGGAAUGGCCACAACUUCUACAGAGAUUGAACUGCCUGAUGUGGAGCCGGCUGCCUUCCUAGCUUUGCUAAAAUUUCUUUAUUCGGACGAGGUUCAGAUUGGCCCAGAGACUGUUAUGACAACACUUUACACAGCUAAAAAAUACGCUGUCCCUGCACUUGAAGCCCACUGCGUGGAGUUCCUAAAGAAAAACCUCCGAGCAGACAACGCGUUCAUGCUCUUAACACAGGCAAGACUCUUUGAUGAACCCCAGCUGGCCAGCCUGUGCCUAGAGAACAUAGACAAGAACACAUCAGAUGCCAUCAAUGCUGAGGGGUUCACAGACAUUGAUUUAGACACCCUGGUUGCGGUGCUGGAGCGGGAUACCUUGGGGAUUCGGGAGGUUCGUUUGUUUAAUGCAGUGGUUCGCUGGUCGGAGGCAGAAUGUCAGCGGCAGCAACUUCAGGUGAUUCCAGAGAACAAGCGGAAAGUACUGGGCAAAGCGCUUUCUCUUAUUCGCUUCCCAUUGAUGACUAUUGAGGAGUUUGCAGCAGGGCCUGCCCAGUCAGGAAUUCUGACUGACCGGGAAGUGGUUAGCCUGUUUCUCCACUUCACGGUCAAUCCAAAACCCCGAGUGGAAUUCAUUGACAGACCACGCUGCUGCCUGAGAGGGAAGGAGUGCAGCAUCAACCGUUUCCAGCAGGUGGAGAGCCGCUGGGGGUACAGUGGGACUAGCGACAGGAUCAGGUUCUCAGUAAACAAAAGGAUAUUUGUAGUUGGGUUUGGACUGUAUGGAUCAAUACAUGGCCCCACAGACUACCAAGUAAAUAUACAGAUCAUCCACACAGACAGCAAUACAGUACUGGGUCAGAAUGACACGGGGUUCAGCUGCGAUGGAUCCUCCAGCACUUUCCGGGUCAUGUUUAAAGAGCCUGUUGAGAUUUUACCCAACGUCAGCUAUACAGCGUGUGCGACACUAAAGGGUCCAGAUUCUCACUAUGGAACCAAAGGACUGCGCAAAGUGAUCCAUGAAUCCCCAACAACAGGAGCCAAAACCUGCUUUACGUUCUGUUACGCGGCUGGGAAUAACAACGGCACUUCUGUGGAGGAUGGACAGAUCCCAGAGAUUAUCUUCUAUACAUAGUGCAGCUGUUGGAAUCAGCUGUGCUGGGUGAACAUUUGUCCCUCUCUCCCAUGCCCUUCGAAACGAAAUCUCUGGCUGAGUUAGACCAUGCCAGUGGGAGCCACGCUAGCCAAAGGUCUCAGUAAAAUAAUUGUAAAGCUCAUGUUUUGCCUUGUGCUAGUGAUGCUGCUGCUACCACCGCCACAUACAGACUAACUGGUUUACUGGUGUCAUUUGUAGGUUGCCUGUGGCUAGUGACUCUUCAUUUUACUGAUAACCCUGUCUACUUUCAUGGUUUCUUUUAUUGUAAUGAAUGUAGAUGCUUUUACAUCAGUUGGAAGCAUGGAAACAAGUGGCUCUGAUUGUGGUUAAAUUCUCCUCUAGGUGACAAUCCUGCAGAAAGAAAAUUCAUAUUGAGGGUCAUGUUGACUUUCUUCUUCCUGGGCCCUACUUGGGAUUGGGAGGAGAGGGGUUGCCAGGCUGAUUCCGCAGUACUGCCAAAAUGGGGAGGUUUCUCUGAGAGGUUUCACGAGAACGUGCCUGCCAUAUUGCCAGGCUGUACAUACCGUCGCUGUUUUGAGAAAAUGAAGGAAACUGGUGUUCACGGAGGUUUUCCUAUUUCAGCACUACAUAUUGUGGGAGACCUCAGAAUGGACUCCCAGCUCCAGGACAGCACCUCUGCAGAGACCGACCGGCGUUUUUUGCUAAUUUGAGACAAUCCUUUAAGUUGGACAGUUAGUGCAACCCACCGAAGACCCCUUGUGGCUAGAUGAUCCUGUAUGUAGGUGGAGAGGACCAGUAGAUCAGCACUUGGCAGAGCACCUUUGCUACCUACAUGCAGGCUGCCCUGCUCUGUCCUGGGGGUGCUUUUUGCAACUUGUUCUGUAUCCUGUUUAAACAAAUGGGGGAACUAAAAAAUAUCCCCUGAGCAGUGUUUAGCAGCAGGGAAUCCAUACUGGGAGCUGCCACACUAACUGAAUCCCUUCAACUUCGAGGUAGCAGUUGACCUUGGUUGCUUCUACCUGACAAUGUGCCUCACUUGGCUCCAGUGUAAAGUAGAUUGCUGCUGUCUUCAGGCAAGUCGCACCAUGACUCUACUGUCUUGUUUUCUUUGCAUCACUGACCGUUUGUAUUGGAUCAGAGCUCUGCUGCCCUGAUGCAAAAGAGGAAGGGGUUUGGUGUUCGUGUCACUUCUUUAAUAAUUGGCCGAUGGAGCGGGAUUUAUGAAACAAUAGAAAAAAACACUGAAGAGUUUCUGCUUGUCCACGUACAUUUCUCUGGCCCCUCACAGCUAGAGCCUGUUCACUGGGUGUUUGGACAGAGUCUCAGAAUGAUGCUCUUACUGGAGACUUCCGGUUGACUUAAACAAAGCUUUAGCACCAGACUUCAAUGGGGUGGUUUAAUGGCAAAAAAGCUGCCCCCCCCUCACCCCCCCAAAAUCUCUGUUCAAAACUGGUUGCCUUUCACCAUAACCAGAUGUGAUUUCAGCUAAGCAUGACCUGUUGCUUUGAUGGGAAGUAGCUGUGACACUUGGUUUUGUAACUGCCUGAAUGGUCCCACCCUCGCCCUGACUAGCAAAGACUAAAGGGAUUUUUACUUCCCGGCAGUCUGUGGAGGAGGAAGGUAUUUGAAAUAAAGGCUACCUUUGUAAGCCGAGAUGGCCAAACCAUUCAGAGGUGUUUGUGUGGAAUUAGUGCAUGAUGGUGUUGUCUUUGAUAAGUUGGGAUUCAUUAAAAAGCUUCUCUCUCUCCCUCCCUCCACUGCAGGGCUCCCCUUGUUAAAUUUGCGAUAGCAGUCCCUGAUCCAAGCAUUACAUGCUGGUCAUCCUCUACUGGAGUGGAUGAUUUGAUGCCUGUUACCAGUUGGGAAAUAGUAUCCCAUUCUGACACCUCCUCCUCCCCCUCCCCCUGGGCUGCCAGAGAACCCGGGUCUAGGUUCUGUGGCUGUCUUAACUGUCCACCAACAAGAUGGCAAAAAUAAACUAUCAGGAACCAACGUCACCUAGAAAUAAUCAGUGUAGAUGUUAGAUACUGUUGUCAGUGUGUUAUGUUCUUUAGGAAGACAUUGUGAGAUGUAUUUUGUAAGCCUGCUUCAGGGUGGGCAGUUUUUAAAAUACGGCCAGUACGAAAAAUGAUGGGUCCACUACUCACGUGAUUGAACCUGAUUCUGUGCAAUGCAACUAUAUUCUGAAAUGGAUGAACAGACUGGAGAUGCUCCUUCCUCUAAGAGGGAAAUUGCCUUCUGUUCGAAUGUACAUAGCUGACCUGCCUGCUUCUGCGCUCCCCUUUUUCACCUCCUCUUGUCAAAGGUUGUGGGAAUGCCUGCAUCAGGGUUGGGGCUUCCUUGCCCGUUUGUUACCUUCUGUGUAAACGCUUUGCUGUGAAUAUAGCACUCCCUGAGCACUGCUGUAUAUAAGUGGUAAUAGCAGAAAUUAUUGGACCAUGAAAAUAGCAGGAUACGCAAGUCAUUUAGGCUCAAGAUCUUGUAACAUAGAUGAGGUUGGGGUGUAAACCUGCCUGGUGGCUUUUCCCUUUCAAGGCUUCUGUUUUUAAUACUGCUACUGUCAGACGCCCUCCCUCCAAUCUUGCUUUCAAGCCACCGGGCAGGUCGCUUUGAGGGUCCUGCUGAAAAAUGUUUUUAAAAGAAAACUUAAACGCUGGAUGACAUCUGAGCAAUUUUUGUUCUUACAGCUUUGUGGUUUGAGGCAAUUCUGGCUUUUGUAGAUAGUAUGAAUGUAAUUCAUUGUGGAACAUGCCCGUCUCCAAAAGUAUGAAGUUUCUAGUGUAUCAUGUCACCUCAAACCGAGCUGGCAACGGCUAGACUCUAGUGCUAUAUUAAUGAAUGUAUCAAAUGCUCAUUCAGUGUUCACACUCUGCUUUUUGCCAGCGUUGUGAUUUGUAAAUAGGAAAUCAAUAAAGACAUUGAGGUUG